GAAAUUGUGAAUUGGAUCAAGGAAUACAGGGAGAAGAAAGCGGCAAUUAGUAUUGGUUACUUGGGAAACGUAGUGGAUUUGUGGGAACGCCUCGCCGAGGAACCCGAAUGCCUUGUUGAGCUCGGAAGUGACCAAACUUCCCUUCAUAACCCAUUCCUUGGAGGAUUCUACCCUGCAGGUCUCACCUUUGAAGAAUCCAACGAACUCAUGACAUCUGACCCCGCGAAAUUCAAAAAACUUGUUCAAGACUCUCUAAUCCGGCAAAUCGCCGCUAUCGACAAGAUUGCCGCUAAAGGAAUGUACUUCUGGGAUUACGGUAACGCAUUCCUUUUGGAGUGCCACAGAGCUGGAGCCAACUUGCUUAGAGAGGAUGCUCAGGAUGAUAAAUCCUUUAGAUAUCCAAGUUAUAUGCAGGAUAUUAUGGGCGACAUUUUCUCAAUGGGUUUCGGACCAUUCCGCUGGGUUUGUACUUCUGGGAAACCUGAAGAUUUGAGAUUGACGGAUCAGACAGCGUGCAAGAUUAUUGAUGAGUUGAAGGAGACUAAUGUUCCGGAAUACGUGAAACAGCAGUAUCUGGACAACAAAAAAUGGAUAGAGGAGGCUGAGAAAAACGAGUUGGUCGUUGGAUCCCAGGCACGUAUACUGUAUUCCGAUCGUGCUGGAAGAGUCGCCCUGGCUGCUGCCUUCAAUGAGUUGGUCAGAACUGGAAAGGUGUCUGCACCAAUCGUGAUCUCACGUGAUCAUCAUGAUGUGUCGGGAACGGAUUCUCCAUUCCGUGAGACUUCGAAUGUAUACGAUGGAAGCGCGUUUACAGCGGAUAUGGCGGUUCAGAAUUGUAUUGGAGACUCUUUCCGUGGCGCCACCUGGGUUGCUCUUCACAAUGGAGGAGGUGUUGGAUGGGGUGAUGUCAUCAAUGGAGGCUUCGGACUGGUUCUCGAUGGGUCUCCUGACGCGUCCCGUCAUGCGGAGGGCAUGUUGAACUGGGAUGUUCCAAAUGGAGUCGCACGUCGUUCUUGGUCUGGAAACGCCAAGGCGCAGGAGGCGAUCCGUCGUGCGGAGCAGCAAGUCGAUGGGAUGAAAGUGACGAUUCCAGUGGAGGCGGAUGAGGAGCUGCUGAAGACUUUGAAGUUUUGA